AUGGGAGAUCAUUUCGUGUUGCUUGUGGAUCGGUUGAUCACAGAAUCAACCAUUGAGGCAGCGAUUCAGAGCAGGAACCGGAUGCUCCAAGCCGAUAAUACACCCGUGGAGGAGGAAUGUAGAGUCCUCGACGAGAAAACGCUUGAGAAGCUGCGUAACGGAGACUUGUCAAUGGUGCAGUGCAGGAUUUGUCACGAUGAGGACUUGGAUUCUAACAUGGAGACUCCUUGUUCUUGCAGCGGCAGCUUGAAGUAUGCACAUCGGAGGUGUGUGCAGAGAUGGUGUAACGAAAAAGGUGAUACCACGUGCGAGAUUUGCCAUCAGGGAUUCAAGCCGGACUAUACAUCGCCGGCUCCAUUGUUAGAGUUGGGUCAUGUUCCUCUUCAUUUCAGGGGAAACUGGGGAAUCUCUCAACGAGACCAUCGUUUCAUUACUGUCGUACCAGCUGAUUCCGCUUACCUUGACGAUCAUUAUCCUCUUUCUUCCACCUCAAGCUUCAUCUGUUGCCGUUCCCUUGUUCUCAUCUUCAUGGCUCUCCUCAUUCUCCGACAUACUCUCCCUUUAAUCCUCACCGGAUCAAACCUCCACGUCUUCCCUUUGUUCAUGUUGUUGUUUCUGAGAGUAAUUGGGAUCAUGCUACCAAUCUAUGUCGUGACCAAAGCAGUCGCCACCUGCCGACGCCAUGCUCAGACUUUAGACACCUCUGACUCUGAAGAAUCAUCUGAUGAAGAAACAGAUUUAUGGCGCUUGCCUCAAACGCAAUCUUACAUUAUAGGCGUGCCAUAA